AAAAGAGGAGAUACAAACUAUCACGGGAAUUCAAUUUUUUUUGUCAUCUUUUACGUGGAAGACACAGAAUCUUUGAUUGCUUUUGGUUGUAUAAUAAUCCUGUUCUCUCUACCUAUAGUGGAAGUGUCACGAGCCUCCCAGUUGCCUAUAUCUCUCUCUGUAGCGUCUUCACAUUCCAUUUCAUCUGUGUCUUUUAUCUUCAACUUAAUUUCAAAAUGCAUCUCUUUGAAUUAUCUGCUUUUGAAAAUCAAGAAGCUCACUCUGAGGAAGAUUUUCGCUUUGAGAAGUCACUCAAGGAACUCAAAGAUUUGCGGUCUCAGCUUCAUUAUGCUGCUGAUUACUGUGAAACAACAUUCUUGAAGGUCAAGGAGAAAAAAGAUGUUUUGGAAAACACAAAAGAGUACAUAUGCAGGGCUCUGGUGACUGUUGUUGACCAUCUGGGGAGCGUCUCUUCUAAGCUUGAACACCGCAUUUCUGAUACCCAUGAUUUUGCUGAGGCAGAGCUUCGAAUCAGUGCUCUUAAACAAAGACUUCUUUCAUACGAACUAUACGCUCACAAGCUUGCUCUAAACAAAGUAAAAUGGACUGCAGCUUUGCCAAGCUAUCACCGGCGGUAUUUAUCAGCAAUCACAGAUGUUGCAAAAUCAAAUGAAGACUCCAGUGCAGCAAAAGUAACAUUCAAGCAAGGAUUUGACAUAGAGGAAGUGCCACUUUUCAUGUACACAUACAGUGACAAGUUAUCCCCAGUUAAGAUUCCACCAUCAAAAACUGCAAUGGAGAGCUGUGAUUCUGACACACCCGUAGUGUUGCCUGUUCGAGAUGGCGUUUCAAAUUCAAUACUGUCAAAGGGUCCAAAUCCUACUUUCCAUUUCCAGCUGGGUUCUCCGAAGCUUGGGCGAAAGAGUUUCCAAAGAAAAACAUUGCAGAGUGCUGAAAUUAUGUCCCUCAUUCGGCGAAUUAAACGCACCCCAUAGAUGAUGAGAAAUGUUAUAUAUAUUUAUUUUUAUUAUAUAAUUUAUGUAUAUAAAUGAUAUAUUAUUAUGUGAUUGAUUAUUA